AGCCCACACUAGCAUCGAGUGAGCAUUCCUGCUAGCGAGCUAGCUAGGAGUGGGAGAGGUGGGAGAGGUGGGAGGAGGGAGAGGUGGGAGGAGGGAGAGGUGGGUGGAGGGAGAGGUGGGAGGAGGGCGAACUGGAGGAGGAGACGGGGCUUGUUCCCAGCACGGACGAUACCCUCUUCCGGCACCCUGCCCCCAAAACCUCGGUCGCGGACGAGAAUGAUUUAGAUCAUUAGAGGCUUUUGAAUACCAACAAUUUGGCGACAGCCGCAACAAAACUAAAAAAAAGGAGUGGAGAGCUCGAAGCCGGUGGGGUGACUGUUCAACCCUCUACCGCAGAGGGUUUAGUCAUGGAUACGCCUGGUGGAGUGGAUGCUGAGAGAGAGGUAAAAUCGACUGCGGGUUGCAUUCCGCAGUUCGCACUGUCUUGCGCCCAGGAAGAAAGCACGAAUGUGGGGAUCGGUGAGGAGAAUUCGUCGGUCGAAAGUGAACAGCCGUUGAUUGGAGGCGACGGGGUUGCAGGAGGAGGUGGUGAAGCUCAUGCCCUUUUGCAGCCAGGUGCUGCUGCACAGCCGGGUGAUUUACCCCACGCAGCCGUCCCACCCGUCGUCGAUGCCCCUAAUCCAUCUCAGAUUGAGAACAUGAGUGAAGCAUCUCAGGCACAGUACCUCUGGUUCAUGAAGACUUUUCCAAAACUGGAGGAUGGUGCAGAUAGUUGAUGGUGAUCACGAGCCAUUUGGGUGGUGCACCAGCGGCAGGUGACAUGUUAGAGCAGGUGGUUUCAUAAUUUGAGGGGGUCGUUAUACUAAAGGGGGGGGGGGGGGGGGGGACAAGGUGAGAAGCCACCUGAGGCAUGUAUAAGCACGCAAGGAAUACAUCUGGGUUUGUCUUUGAGCGUUGUUGUGGAUUGUGGUGGACCUUGAGGCUCAAAUGUUUUACAGUGUGUGUGUAAUGCGUUGCCCAUGAACGAAGAGCUGGGCGUUUCUGAAACGAUGAACAUUCACUUGGCACGCUGUUGCAACACACUCCCGUCCUGAUCUGUGCAAGAAGGUUUUCUUGAAUGAGUUGACUGGGAAUUACAGCAUAAGUGCAUCCAGUUGGCCCCGCCAGGUUUGGAGCACACCCAGAGAGCCAGCCCAAAGUCCUAAAAGAAUCGCGGUGGGGAUGAAAAGGAGCACGCUGGGCGCAAUGAACGAACGAGGGAGAGCUUGAAGCGGAGGAACACCAGCAUACUGUCAUACACAAACGUAAUGAGUGCCAGCUCCUUGUGUUGGUAAUCCUGCAGGCCCUUCUUCUUUCACGUUACCAAAUGGUUAAAGUAUGAAUCGUUCAAUUUCUGGAAGAUUAUUUGUACAUGGUGCAAACAAGUGUAUAAGUAAACAACGUGAUACGUAACACAUAGAAAUUCUGUGAAAUACUGAAGGGCUUGUCAAUUACUUUCUUCUAUAUUUAUCUUUAUAUAUUUUUAUCUUUUCCUCUCUUUGAAUUCUUGAAACUCCUCAUUCAAUAAAAUCCAAUGAAACCAAAGCAUUCAAGAAU